ACCCCCUCUAGCGGCUGAUGAGUGAACUAGCCCCAGCUGAUGAGGGACACCCUGGGGCCUCAAGAUGUUUCCUCUCCGGCGAGCUAUUAAACAUGUCCCGGCCUUAUGUAGAGGCUUUAAAACUUCCAUUCCAAGACAAGGAGGAGGAACGUGGACUUACCGGACGUCUCCCGAGGCACCAGAGAAGGUGACACUAUUGAAAGCAGAGGUUUUGGGAGGCUUCAUGUGGUGGUGGAUCCUCUAUCAUGUCUUUACUGAGCCAGAACAUUUAACUGGUGAAUUCCCCUUUCCCGACCCAUCUAAGUGGACGAAUAGUGAGCUUGGUAUCCCAGCAGAUGAUGAAGACUGAAGGAUAUAUACAAACAUGAAUUUUAUUUAGGUUAGAAACUGUAAAACUGACUCAUGUAUACAUAGAUUGUUUAUAAAGUAGUAUUUACUAAUGGGGAACUUUGAACAAUGCAGCUGUAGAUUUGAUAUAUUGUAGUGAUGAAUGGUUGAAAUAAUGUUUCUUUGACCAUUGUGUUUCUCUCUCUCUCUCCAUACCACCUCAGGAGUAGACAGACAUCCACCGUGUAACGUCCUGAAGAGGUUUUAAGGCCUACGACCAGAUGUCAUUUACAGAAAUGUGAAAAUGAUUAUUUAUAUAGUUUCUAUCUUGUUAUAUUCAUCCAAUGGCUGUAUGUCACUCAAGAUUGUGCGAGUUUGUGUAAAUACGUAAAUAAUUUCCUUAAU